AUGGAUAGACCACCAGUUGAUAUGAAUACUACGGCUCGGUUUGAGGACCAUUGGUUUGAGCAGAGAGUCGAUCACUUUAAUAAACAGGAUAACAGAACUUACAAACAGCUCUACUACAUCGAGGAUUCCCAUUAUAAAACUGGUGGACCAGUAUUUCUAUUGAUUAGUGGUGAAAGUGAGGCAGGUACAUUUUGGUUAACGAACAAAAUGUACAUGAUGGAAAUGGCCAAAAAGUUUGGUGCUUUGGCUAUGGUGUUAGAGCACCGGUAUUACGGGAGAUCAGUGCCCACACCAGACCUGUCAACAGAAAAUUUAAAAUAUUUAACCGUUGAGUUGGCCCUCAAAGACGCGGAACAGUUUGCACUGUAUUUGACCAAAAAAUUAUCGCUUGAAAGCAGCAAAUGGGUUGUGUUCGGGGGCUCGUAUGCGGGCGCUCUGGUGUCAUGGUUUAGACAAAAGUACCCCAACAUAGCUGUCGGUGCCAUAGCGUCGAGCGCUACCGUCGGGGCUGUUGUCAACAAUUUGGGUUAUUUAGAAGUUGUUGGCGAGGCGUUGGGAAAGGAGUGCUCCAAUAAUAUCAGGAAAGCGCACAUCGAAAUGGCAAACCUCCUGAAAACACCGGAAGGUGUGAUAAAAUUGCGCAAAAUAUUGAAUUUGUGCCAAUCAUUUGAUGGCAAGAAUAUCAACGAUAAUCAUUGGUUGGCCGAAACCAUGAUGUGGAGCGUCGCGGGUGUUGUCCAACAAAUGCUAAAUUCCAGUAUAAUUGGGGAGACAAUGAACGACCCCUCAGGCGGUACUCCAUUGGAAAGGAUAGAUAAGAGACAAUGGAUGUAUCAAACGUGCACUCAAUUGGGAUCCUUCACAACCAGUGAUUACUCGGACUGUAUUUUUGGUCAUAAUAUUCCCAUUGAAUACUAUACCCAACAGUGCACUGAUAUAUUUGGUCCACAAAUCACGGCCCAAACCAUACAGAAUGCGGUCGACCGGACAGUCGCCACAUACGGAGGUUUAAAGCCAAACGUAACUAACGUUGUGUUCCCUAACGGAUCGCACGACCCCUGGAAAGCCAUCGGUGUUCUCAAUGAUCUCAAUAAUAGCACAAAAGCCGUUGUAAUUAAUAACUACGUUCAUUGCAGUGAUAUGUAUGCCUCGAGUCCGUCCGAUACCCAGCAUAUGAAAAACGCUCACAAAUUGAUUGAACAACAAAUCGCAGAAUAUUUGAAAUAA